UGUGAGACGUUAUUUCAUUACUUUCGUGCACAGCUCUGGGUGACACAGUGAUACAGUUAUGUAUACCUGGAGAACACACAGUGGAUGAGACAGACGGGCGGGAAGCGCCUCUAUAGUCUUUGUAUGACUUGAACUACAACAAAAUUGCCGCCACGUUCUUGGAAUCAUUUUCCCAAACCCCAAGGAGCAAUCAGUGUCUUGGUGCUCUAGUGCUGAAGACGUCACCCAGUAGCUCAUUGCAUUGAAGCUGACCUGGGCAGAGUUUCGUAGCUUUAUUCAUUUAUUAACCGUCACACAGUGCCAGGAUCCAGACAGUGAGUGAGGGUGAGACAGACAGGGACCUGCUUCUGGCCAGGGAGGGGCGGGGCUCCGCAGAGAGAACACGUCUGGGUCAUCAGCUCACACUAGAACCAGAGCCUGUACUAUAAAAGUCUUCAAUGGACGAAGACAGGAGUUACUUGACCGAGAAGAUACUAAACAUCACCCUGGAGAUCCUCUACCUGCUGACUGGAGAGGAUUACACAAUGGUGAAGAAGACAUCUGGAGACUGGGAGACACCCGGGAAUCGUCCCCGUAUGUCAGGAGGACUGAACAGUACACAGAGCACCAUCAUGGAACCAUCACAUUACUCACUGAUACAUGAGAGACACAAUGACCAGAAAGUCCUGGAACUCGCCAACAAGAUCAUUCAACUGCUGACUGGGGAGAUACCUAUAAGGUGUGAGGAUAUCACGGUCUAUUUCUCCAUGGAGGAGUGGGAGUAUAUAGAAGGACAUAAGGAUCUGUACAAGGACGUGAUGAUAGAGAAUCACCGACCCCUCACAUCACUAGAUGGGUCCAGUAGCAGGAAUACCCCAGAGAGAUGUCCCCACAUUCUAUACACUUGGAAUUCAGAGGAUAAUUACAAUAUCCCACUUGAUUAUCAGAUAAAAGACCUGACUGUUAUUAAAGUAGAAGAUACAGAGGAAGAAGAGAUGUAUGUAAUGGAUGAUCAGCAGUGUAAGGAGGUUAUCAGCACAGAUAGUCAGAACAUUGGCACUAGGCUGGACGGACAGCUCCUUUUUUCUCCAUAUUGUGAAUUGGAAGAUGACUACAUCACUAGCAAUUCUCCAGGAGACAUUCCGGUUACCUUAAAUAUAUAUCCAGCAACUGACAAUUCGCUGAUAUUAACUAAUAACUCUAUGCAUGGCGAAUGUUUUCCCGGUAUCUCCGAUAUUGCUACUCAUAAUAAAGCUUUCAGAGGCGGUGGGGUUUUUGCACGUUUAGAGGAUGAUGAAUGUUUUAACCAUAAUGCACAACCUAUCGUCCAUCGGAAAAAGCACCCAGAUGAAAGGCCAUUUUUAUGUUUGGAAUGUGGGAAACGUUUUGCAAAAAAAUCAAUUCUUGUGGAACAUCGGAGAACUCACACCGGAGAGAAGCCGUAUCAGUGUUCUGUAUGUGGGAAAUGUUUCACAAAAAAGUCAAUUCUUGUGGAGCACCAGAGAAUUCACACAGGGGAGAAACCAUUUCCGUGUACUGUAUGUGGGAAAUGUUUCGCAAAGAAAUCUGUUCUUGUGGAGCACCAGAGAACUCACACCGGGGAGAAGCCGUUUCUGUGUCCUCAGUGUGGGAAAUGUUUUACCCAGAAAUCAACUCUGCUUGAGCAUAACAGAAGCCACACUGGCGAGAAGCCAUUUUCUUGUUCCGAUUGUGGGAAAUCUUUUACAAAGAAGUCCGUCCUCCUUAAACACCAUAGAGUCCACUCUGUGGAUAAAGCUUUUCUGUGAUGGGAUUGGACAGAAUGUUUUGCACAGAGAAUCCGCAAGACUGAGAAACCAUUUUCCUGUCCUGAAUUUGGGAAAAGGUUUAGAAAAAAAUCCUUUCUUGCACAACACCAGCGAUAUCACAUCGGUGAGCGGCUCAUUCCGUGUUCCAAUGUGGAAAAUGUUUUACACAGAAAUAACAUCCUGGUAAACAUGAGAGAAGUCACAUGUGGGAAGCCGUUUCAGUGUUCUGAGUGCAGGAAAUGUUUUACAGACUAAAUCCCUUUGUUCUCAUAGGCGAGAAACCAUUUUCAAGUUCAGGGUGUGGCAAAUGUUUCAUAAAGAAAUCUAUUCUUGUUGAACAUCACAAUUCACACGGGGGAGAGAUUAUAUCCAUGCCCUGAGUGCGGGAAGUGUUUUACCCAGAAGUCAACACUUUUUAUUCAUAAGAAAACCCACUCUAUCAAGAAGCUGUUUCUGUUGUUUUGAAAGUGGGGAAUGUUUACAUGUCAUUCAAGUGUUCAUACUGUUGUAAAUAACACAGGUCUAUUGCAUAUGGCUUCAACUCCAGUCCUCCAGUACGCCCAACAGGUCAUGUUUUUGGGAUUGUCUUUAGAACAAGCAGGAUAAUUACUGACCUAUCACAAUACGUUAAAUCUCACCCACAUGAUUGAAGAAAUCCUGAAAACACGACCUGUUGUGGGUACUUGAGGAUUGGAGUUGAAAAUUUAUGGUAAUCUUAAUCUACAGAAAUACACCAUACACCCGGUGUUAUAUUGGUCAAUUUAUCCCCUCGUGGAACAAUCCAUUCCAUGAGGAAUUCCGUAUCUAAUGCCCACCAUUACAGUAACAAACCAUUUUCUGGGCUAAUGGUGAACAGGAGACUGGGUGGGUGGUAGUACAGCUCACAGGAAGAAUUGUACAGAUAUAUGUGAUUAUAAUGUGUUAGAUGGUAAGAUUAAUUUAUAAUGUUGAAACAAAUGUAUAAAUGGUGUGUAGGAAUAUAUAAAUUAUAAGGAAUCUGUAUGUAGUGGGACAAACAACUCCUAAUUAGAGUCACAAUGCUCUUAUCAAGUCAGGUGUAAUGCUUUAGAGUUGACCCUUUCUGUAUAUAAUAGCAGUGUUCUUUCCAUGCCAUGGAGUAUUUCUCGGGCUUCCAGUGAUGUGAGCAAAAGUAGCACACCACUGACGUAAAUGUCAGCGCAGUGCCGCAAAUUGACUGUGUCACAGUGCAGCUCACUGUCGCUGCCCCUGCCAGAAGGAGGACACUGGCAUCCACCUCGACCUUGGCUCACCCUGUUGGAGCCGUCCCUUCCGGAAGGAGGAUGCCGGCCAUCCCCUCCACCUCAACCCUGAUUCAUUCAACCACCAGAGGCAAGCACAGUAGCCUCCCCCUUUACCACCAAACAGUGAGAUGCCUGGUGGGAGAUGGGAAAAGUGCAUGAUGGACUGCUGCUUACCUGCUUUGGUCUGUAAUUUCAAACCCCCCUCCCUUCCCGGUUUGCAUGCAACCACUCACCACUUCUCCCCCUACACACCCUUUCUGGUUUACACGCAGCCACAUACUAAACCCCCCACCUGGCACAUAAUGCCGCCUAUGAGACUUACUUACCUUCCACUUCAUGAUUGGCCAGAAAUGAUGAGCAACCUUAAAUAGUAUGCUUACUGAAGAUGCUAAGUCACAUGUAGGCUUCCUGUUACUAACUUUGGUACCAAUGAAUAUGGUGCAGCUAAGUUGAGAGAAAAUUUCAGCCAGGGCUUGAAAAGUCACUAAAUAUUGGUAACCACAGUCAUCACGUGUGGUGGCCCAUAUGUCAGUUGGUUUACCCACUGUUGGUCGAUGGAACAGAAGAAACUGAGGACUGAUACAAAGAUAGAUGAUAGAUGUAAGAGAGCUCCUUGGGGAGGGGCCAUCCCAUGGCUUCCCUUGUAGGAAGAUCACGGCUGUGGAUACUGGGCGGUCUGUAUUGGCGUGCCGCCAGCUGAACGUCCCGUUGAGACAUCCCAGACGCGCAGUGGCGCUAGACAACCUGUAGUCCAGCGCCUAUCAGCCCUGUGGGCUUUCCUCUGGUAAUGUUGAUUGAUGUCUGAUGAUAUCCUUCUUAAAUAGGGUGGAUCUCUUGUGCAUUAAUGUCUCUUGGGGACGCCUCUUUUGUAACUGUGGAGAAUACGUGAAGCUGAAACCAUGUAAAAAUGGAAGAUGUCACCUGUGAAUGCAUAAUUUCCUUGAGAAUUGCCAGUAUUUAGUACUACAGGUUGAGUAUCCCUUGUCCAAAAUGCUUGUGACCAGAAGUAUUUUGGGUAUCGGAUUUUUCCGUAUUUUGGAAUAAUUGCAUACCAUAAUGAAUUAUCAUGGUGAUGCGACCUAAGUUUAAGCACAGAAUGCAUUUAUAUUUCAUAUACACCUUAUACACACAGCCUGAAGGUAAUUUUAGCCAAUAUUUUUAAUAACUUUGUGCAUUAAACAAAGUGUGUGUGUGUGUGUGUGUGUGUGUGUGUGUGUGUGUGUGUAUAGUGACACAAUUCAUUUAGGUUUCAUACACACAACCUGAAGGUAAUUUAAUACAAUAUUUUUAAUAACUUUGUGUAUUAAAUAGAGAUGUGCACCGGAAUUUUUUUUGUGUUUUGGAUUCGGUUCCGCGGCCGUGUUUUGGAUACGGACGCAUUUUGGCAAAACCUCCCUGAAAAUUUAUUGUCUGAUUCGGGUGUGUUUUGGAUUCGGGUGUUUUUAAAAAAAAAAACCCUCACAAACAGUUUAAAUCGUAGAAUUUGGGGGUAAUUUUGAUCCUAUAGUAUUAUUAACCUCCAUAACCAGAAUUUCCACUCAUUUCCAGUCUAUUCUGAACACCUCACACCUCACAGUACUAUUUUUAGUCCUAAAAUUUGCACAGAGGUCGCUGGAUGACUAAGCUAAGCGACCCAAGAGUGCGUCACCAAAAUGCUGCACUGUCCUAUAUACUGCUCACAAUAAUGCAGCACAGAUAUGGAUAGUAUACUUGACACAGAGCUGCAAGAUACAGCAAUGGCCUACUGUACUGUACUACUAUAAUUAUAUACUGGUGGUCUCCACAAUGCAGCACACUGAGCACAGAUAUGGAGCAUUUUCAGGCAGAGAACGUAGAUAUUUUCAGCACACUGAGCACAAAUAUUUGCAGCACACUGAGCACAGAUACGUAGGUUUUCAGGGAGAGAACGCAGCCAUGUCCUCUCCGUUCAAUCUCCAAUGCACGAGUGAAAAUGGCGACGCGUGGCUCUUUAUACAGAAUACGAAUCUCACGAGAAUCCAACAGCGGGAUGAUGACGUUCGGGCGCGUUCGGGUUAACCGAGCAAGGCGGGAAGAUCUGAGGCUGCCUCGGAACCGUGUAAAAUAGGUGAAGUUCGGGGGGGUUCGGAUCUCGGAGAACCGAACCCGCUCAUCUCUAGUAUUAAACAAAGUUUGUGUACAUUGAGCCAUCAGAAAACAAAGGUUUCGCUAUCUCAGUCUCGCUCAAAAAAUUCCGUAUUUUGGAAAAUUUGGAUAUGGGAUACUCAACCUGUAAUGUAUCAGAUGGAUGUAGAGUCCAAAAAAACAAGCCAAUGUAAAUAAGUUCUAAAGUAUAGUACAUUUUUAAUUGUGAAACUGUAUAAAUCAAACAAUUAUUGGAGUACAAAUGGAAAGAUAUACAUUUUUGUAAAUAUGGAAAACCAGAAAAAAGAGAUGGAAUGUAGAGCUAUGAAAACUACAGUGUAUAGACAAUGUAAUUAAACCAUAUGCUGUAUCAAAGGUGAUGUUGUGCUCACUUAAAUGUAUUGAAUGUGGCUAACCUUGCUAUUAACUCUAUUUCUCUUACGUCCUAGUGGAUACUGGAGUUCCAUUUAGUACCAUGGGGUAUAGACUGGUCCACUAGGAGCCAUGGGCACUUUAAGAAUUUGAUAGUGUGGGCUGGCUCCUCCCUCUAUGCCCCUCCUACCAGACUCCGUUUAGAAAAUGUGCCCGGAGGAGCCGGUCACGCUUAUGGAAGCUCCUGAAGAGUUUUCUGCAUUUAUUUUAUAUGUUUGUUAUUUUCAGGCAGAGUUGGUUGGCACCAGCCUGCCUGCUUCGUGGGACUUAGGGGGGAGGACGGCCCAACUUCUUGAAGGGUUAAUGGUCCCGUUCCCUGCUGACAGGACACUGAGCUCCUGAGGGAACUAUUUGCAAGCCCCACCAUGGCGAGGGUACAUUCCCGCAGCACGCCGCCACUCCUAACAGAGCCAGAAGAAAGAAGAGUGGUGAGUACUAAGCCGGUGUCCUAACUAGCGGGUCGACGGCCAUUACGGCGCCAUGAGGGUAUGGAGACGCACAACUUCUAACCGGGGUGAAUUGCGUCUCCAGACACAGUACACAGCCGCACCUCAGUACACUGUACACAGUACCCACACUGGCAAAAGCAGCCUUAAAAUGGUUUUCUCUCCAUUUUAAGCAACAGAUUCCUCAGCCAGUAUAAGAAAAGAGGGAAGACCGUGCGCCAUUGAAGGGGCGGGGUUUCACUAUGAGAGGAUCCAGCAGCUCACCAGCGCCAUUUUCCCUCUGCAGUGGAUACAGAUGCUGACUGACGGAUGCGCAGCUCCCCCAGUGUGACUCCAGAUUACCUCAGAGGUACCAGGGGUUCCUAGCAGGGGGGAGAGCUACUAUUAGUGUAUUAAGUACCCUAUCAGGGUACUUGGUCUGCGACCCGGCUAAGCUUGGCAUUAGCGAUAAGGGCACGGUGGGGGCUCUUUGUGGGUUAAUUGUGUUUAACCUUUUCCUGUGUGUGUGUGUGUGUGUGUGUGUGUGUGUGUGUGUGUGUGUGUGUGUGUGUGUUUGCGGUCACAUUUACAUUAUGUCAGGCAAAGAGUGUGUUUCUUGUACAGCAGAGUGUUUCUCUUCACCAGGGGGCUCACUACUGGGUACUCAGGGCAGUGCACCUUCCCAGAAUAGUGGGGCUGAACCGGAAUGGGUUAAUUCCAUUAAGGAAAUGAUCUCAAAUAUUUCUACAAAGCUAUCUCGCAAUGAGAGAGACACAAUACUUAAGACAGACUGUGGAUGAGUUGAUGAAUAGAGACUCAGUCCCCAAACUGUCGUCUCAAUCCCCUCCCAUUAGUCUGCAAAAAUGAUCUUUGGCCCAUAUCCUGCAGUCUGACUCUGUCAAGGACGGGUCAGACAUGGAGGAGGGGGAGGAUGCUACUCUGUCACGGUAUAGAAGCUCAUAUAGAGACUAUCAGAAAUGUUCUGCAAAUUCCUGAUAAGGUGUCAGAAGAGUGUGAGGAAUCUUAUUUUAAUGUAAAAAAGAAGUCCUCAGUCACACUUCCUGUGUCAAAGGAAUUGAAUACCCUGUUUGAAGAACCAUGGGUUAAUCCUGAUAAGAAAUUUCAAAUCCCUAAAAGGUUGCUCUUAUAUUUUCCUUUUCCUCUGGACGAUAGGAAAAAGUGGGAAAAUCCACCGAUAGUGGACACAUCAGUCUGUAGGCUGUCACGUAAAAUUGUAUUGCCUGCCCCUGGUGCAGCUUUCCUAAAGGAUACAGCUGAUCGUAAAAUUGAGACUACACUCAGUCAUUUUACACAGCUCCUGGGGUGGCCCAAUGACCCAUUAUUGCAUGUGCAUGGAUCACAAAAGCCAUUGCUAAAUGGUCAGGUAACCUAAUUGAGGAGUUAGAUUCCUUGUCUAGGAGGGAUGUUGUUUUACUCCUGCAGCAUAUACAGGACUCUGCGAACUUUAUGGUGAAAGCCAUAAAAUAGAUUUGUUUGCUUAAUGCACGCACCACCGCUAUGGCAGUGUCCGCACGCAGGGGACUGUUGAUGCGGACUCCAGGAAAGGCGUGGAAGGCCUAACAUUCACAGGAGAGGCCUUGUUUGGAGAUGAACUAGACAAAUUUAUCUCCAAAGCUACUGCGGGAAAGUCUACGUACCUUCCUUCCGCAGCUCCCUCAGCCAGGAAAGCUUAUUCAGCUUCACAUUUACAGUCCUUUCGGACAGCCAAGUUUAAGGGAAAAUCCAAAGGUGCUUCUAUGGCUUCCAGAGGCGCAAGAGAUAAACCGCGCAAACCAGUAACUGCAGGUGUUCAGGAACAGAGCUCAGGCUCUGCUACCUCAAAGCCUUCAGCAUGACGGACCGCGAGGUGGACCGCGAGGCCUGGAGGUCAGUCAGGUGGGAGCCUGACUACAAUUCUUCAGUCACACCCGGGAUCCCUGGGUAAUAGAUCUUAUUUCUCAUACGUCCUAGAGGAUGCUGGGGACUCCAAAAGGACCACGGGGUAUUGACUGGAUCCGCAGGAGACAUGGGCACACUAGAAGACUUUGAAUGGGUGUGAACAGGCUCCUCACUCUAUGCCCCUUCUCCAGACCUCAGUUAGAUUCUGCGCCCAGAGAGACUGGACACACACUAGGGGAGCUCUCCUGAGUUUCUCUGAAAAUACUUUAUGUUAGGUUUAUUAUUUUCAGGGAGACCUGCUGGCUACAGGCUCUUUGCUUCGUGGGACUGAGGGGAGAGAAGCAGACCUACUACUUCUGAGUUCAAGGGCUCUGCUUCUUAGGCUACUGGACACCAUUAGCUCCAGAGGGUUCGAUCACUUGGUGCACCUAGCUGCUUGCUCCCGGAGCCGAGCCGUCAACCCCCUCACAGAGCCAGAAGGAAGAAGCCGGGUGAGUAAAGGAAGAAAAGAAGACUUCAGUGACGGCAGAAGACUUCAGAGUCUGAGGUACCGUGCAGCGGUCGCGCUGCGCGCCAUUGCUCCCACACACGAGUGGCACUACAAGGGCGCAGAGGGGGCGCCCUGGGCAUCAAUAUACCUCAUGUUUACAGCCUGGCAAAGUGGUAUACAGUGCAUAGGCACUGUAUACAGACCCCCGCCAGUAUAAUAAUGUAAAUAACUAGCGGGACUGAAGCACGCCGAUAAGGGGGCGUGGCUUAGCCCUCACCACUCUAUCCAGCGCCAUUCUCUCCUCAGAGAUGCUGGCCCCGCCAAAACAUUGUUGCACAGCUCACUGUAAAAUGAAUGGGGGGGGGAGGGCACAGUUGUUUAGUGCAAAAAUAAAGCUCUCUCUCUCUCUCUCUCUAUAUAUAUAUAUAUAUAUAUAUAUAUAUAUAUAUAUAUAUAUGUGUAUUGGAAGAAAUAUAAGACCUUUCUCGCGCUAAUGAUAUAGAAAGCUACACGUUAAGGAAAAUACCCCCUGUUAGACAGGGUAUAAUGGUUAUGAACAGCAAAGAAAAGAUUUCCCAGGGAGCUAGUGAUAUUCUUUGGUAUAUCUAACGUUUUUACUUAUACAAUAAAACAGUCAUAAGAAUUAGACUUAUUUAUUUUAUAAAAUACAGUAAAAUAAGCUGUAUCACAAUGUAUCCAAAGUGACAAUAAACAAUGUUUUGUACAAAUAUUUGUGUUGAUAACAAUUAAUUUCAGUCACAAAUCGACAUGAUGAUUAUUCCUCCUUGAAGGAAUGACAAAAUCGCUGUCUCAACCCAACGCGUUUCGUCUUACAGACUUCAUCAGGGGUUUAUUAUAAUCUAAACAAUGUAGAAAACAUUUCAUAAAUAUAUCGUUUCAUUUAUCCACAAUGAGCUCAUGUCAAUAGUAAUUAUGAUAUAUACAUACCAAAGGAUCACAAUAUGGA